AUGGCACCCAGUGCAACCCCUGAAACGUCUAUCCAAUCCGUGCCGGUCAAGUCAGCCGAGACAAAAGAUGUCGACGUUAUGGCUGCUAUGGCGCACAAUGGCAAGGCUCUUCCAGGCAUCCCAGUUUUUGAUUCGUUCGCCGAGAAGCGUCAAUGGCAGCUAGAGCAUAUGGCCGGCGCAUUCCGAGUCUUUGCUCGCGAGGGAUACGCUGAAGGUAUAUCAGGACACAUCAGUGUACGAGACCCAGAGUUCGAGGACCGGUUCUGGAUCAACCCACUUGCUGUACAUUUCGGAAUGUUGAAGGCCAGUGACAUGAUCUGCGUAAACUUGGAUGGCGAGGUUAUUGGCGGCAACACCGAGGGCUCGAUCAACGCUGCGGGCUUCCAGAUCCAUUCCGCAGUGCACAAAUCACGAAAAGAUGUACAUGCCAUCUGCCAUACACACUCAGUCCACGGCCGCGCUUGGUCAGCGUUCGCAAGGCCUCUUGAGAUGAUAAAUCAGGAUGUGUGCUAUUUCUAUAAGGCGCAUUCAGUCUACUCUGAUUACGGUGGUAUUGCGAACGAGUCGUCAGAGGGAGAGAAGAUUGCUAAGAGUUUGGGGACUGGAAAGGCCUCAAUCUUGAUGAAUCACGGUCUUCUUACCGUGGGCCAGACUGUAGAUGAGGCAGCUUUCCUUUUUUGCCUUAUGGAGCGGAGUUGCAAGGUUCAGUUGUUGGCUGAUCGAACUGGGCUUGAGAAGAUGAUCGUGAGCGACGAGGAAGCAGCUUAUAAUUAUAAAAUGGCCUCUACACCGUCCACUGGGAUUGAUUCUAGCUCUCGUGCUUCCCCCCCUUAUGCUGGUCACAGACACAGCUGGGACAAAAUGUCAAUCAACGCAGCAUACCCCGAAAAGGGAGCAUUUGCCACAUCCAAGGAUGUAAACAGCGAUUCCUCCUUCCCACCUAGCGAUGGCGAGGCAGCCACAACGGGAUCAGUGACUAGUAUCCCUGCUGGCUCGCAAGCUCUGCAUCGUAAGCUGAGGGGAAGAGAAGUGCAGCUUUUUGCUAUUGGUGGUGCGAUUGGUACUUCUCUCUACGUGCAAAUGGCCUCCGCCCUCCCCAARGGCGGMCCAGCCGGUCUCUUCAUCGCUUUUCUCAUCUGGGGCCUCAUCAUGUGGGCUGUAAACGAAUGUUUUGCUGAGAUGGUGACAUACAUGCCUGUCCCAUCCCCUUUCAUCCGUUUCGGCAGAGAAUGGGUCGACGACGCAUUGGGCUUCGCCAUGGCAUGGAACUUUUUCCUGAACAUGGCGUUUCUGGUUCCCUUUGAAAUUGUCGCCAUGAAUAUCAUGAUCACUUUCUGGACGGACAAGGUACCCGUUGAGGCAAUCAUUGUGGCUAUGAUAGUCAUUUAUGCGCUGUUGAAUGUGAUUAGUGUGCGGUACUUUGGUAUCGCGGAGUUUUAUCUAUCGAUCUUCAAGGUGGUUUUGAUGAUAGGUUUGUUCUUUUUCACCUUUAUUACGAUGCUGGGAGGCAAUCCGAUCCAUGAUCGGUAUGGGUUCAGGUAUUGGGACAAGCCGGGCGCGUUUGUUGAGCACCAUUCUACGGGCAACACAGGCAGAUUUCUGGGUAUAUUGUCGUGCAUGUACCAAGCCAGUUUCUCAAUCACCGGCCCUGAAUAUAUUUCAAUGGUCGCCGCCGAAACAGAGGCUCCUCGAAAGGUUCUACCUCCGGCUUUCCGCUCAUUCGUCUGGCGUAUCCUUGUCUUUUUUGUUGGAUCUUCCCUCUGCAUGGGAAUCGUCAUUCCAUACAAUGAUACGACUCUCCUCGGCAUUCUAGGGGGCACCGUUUCCGGAUCUGGUACCGGUGCAGCAUCGCCAUAUGUCAUCGCCAUGCAACGGCUUCAAAUCCACGUCUUGCCUCACAUUGUAAACGCACUGAUCAUGACAUCCAUCUUCAGCGCCGGCAAUGGUCUCCUCUUCACCGCAACCCGAACCCUACACGGAAUGUCCAUCACCGGGCACGCACCAAAAAUCCUAUCCUACUGCACAAAGAAAGGUGUCCCCAUCUGGGCCCUCGCCAUAUCUCUAUCAUUCUGUCUCCUGGCCUUCUUGCAGGUCAACAGCUCCUCUGCAGAGGUAAUGGACUACCUCGUCGAUCUCGUUACGUGCUGCCAAAUGAUCAACUACGGUUUCACGGCAUUCACAUAUCGCCAUUUCUACUCGUCUCUCAAGAAACAGGGUAUCUCGCGUGAUACUCUCGCCUACAAGGGACGCUUCCAGCCGUAUACCUCCUACUUAGCCAUGGGUGGAACUUUAUUUAUGCUUCUUGCCGGAGGAUACGAUGUCUUUCUCAAGGGAGGGUGGAGCGUAUUGUGGUUCUUCCUCGAUUACGGCAUGAUUGGAUUCUUUAUCGUUCUGUUCGUGGGCUGGAAGUUGAUCUUCAGAACUAAAUAUGUCUGGCCUGGAACAGCGGAUCUGAGUCUCGAUGGACUGAAGGAGGAGAUUGAUCACUAUGAGGUUAUGUAUGACAUUGAUCAGGAAGGGAAGAAGACCACUUUUGUGGACAAGCUGUUUGCUUAG